AACAUUACCUUCAUUCAACCUGAUAACUCGAAGCGUGUGGUGAUGGCCAAGGUGGGAGAAUCCUUACUCCAAACAGCACAUCGACAUGAAAUUGAGCUAGAGGGCGCUUGCGAAGGAGUGUGCGCCUGCCACCUUAUAUUACCAAUGAAGGUUUAUGACUCUUUACCAGAACCGUCGGAAGAUGAGGAGGAUAUGUUGGACAUGGCUUUUGGACUGACGGAAACAAGCCGCCUCGGAUGCCAAAUUACCGUCUCGGAAGACUUCGAAGGUAUCGAGUUUGAAAUGCCGAAAGCAACAAGAAAUUUUUACGUUGACGGGCAUGUUCCCAAGCCACAUUAA